AUGUCGGCCUCUACAACCAAGGACACAUAUACCUGCACCGUCACUGUAGACCGCGGCACAGCACCAGCCGAGGGCGCCAAAGCACACCACGUCUAUGAUGAUUCUGGGCGUCUUGUUCGAUUCAAAAACCCUUGCCCAUCAUUCGGCAACUGGAACGAAGUUUCUCUUUGGGGCUCCGCCGUGAUUUACUUUGGUAACCGCCUGCGAGGAAGGCUCCCAGUCCCCGACACGUCCAUUGCCAAGAUCCCUACGGUCGAGGCGCAAUUCCUCCAGUCUCGCACGGCAAAGCCUAACGCUCUCCGCGCAACAUGGAUUGGCCAUGCAACUUACUUUGUAGAGUUUCCCUCGGGUUUACGUGCCUUAUUUGACCCCGUUUUUGAGGAGCGCCAUAACUUCAUUGCUCCAAAGCGCUUCACGGCCCCAGCCUGUACGCCGAGGGAUUUCCCGGCUCUGGACGCCGUCUUCCUCAGCCACAACCAUCCUGAUCAUCUCUCGUAUCCAACUGUCAAGGAGCUUGUCAAAGCAUACCCUAAUGUUCACUUUUUUGUUGGACUUGGAGAAUCCCCAAAGUUGCGUGAACUCGGCGUUCUUACCGUGACAGAAAUGGAUUGGUGGGAUGAUGCCGUGGUAACCUUGGAGAGGCCGGCUGAGAAGGACGAAGAGCCGAAGCGUAUUGCUGCUCGGGUCUCAUGUCUUCCCAGUCAGCACGGCACGAUGCGGACCCCUUCCGACAAGGAUCACACGUUGUGGGCGUCUUGGGCUGUCACAUCAGGCGGCAAGUCUCUAUGGUUUGCCGGUGAUACGGGCUAUAGAUGCGUGCCAGAUGGAAUGGAGGAAUUUGGGCCAGGCUUCGAUGACUUGCCAAAGAACCCGCACUUUGCACAAAUCGGCGAGCUUCGGGGACCAUUUGAUUUGGGCCUGCUUCCCAUUGGCGCUUACCACCCGCGUAUGAUGUAUAGCCCAGUGCAUGCGAGCCCCUAUGAUGCUGUCGAGAUAUUCCAAGACACUAAAUGUAAAAAAGCCUUGGCAAUGCAUUGGGGGACAUGGGCCUUGACAUCUGAGCCUGUUAAUGAGCCGCCGGAAAAGUUGAAGGAGGCAUUGAAAAUGAAGGGCAUUGCUCAAACUGGUGUCUUUGAUGCCUGCGCUGUGGGUGAGAGCCGAGAGUUCUGA